AUGGCGUUGAAGGCGUGCACAGCCACGCAGUCGUCGGUGAACAGGGAGUCCAGGAGGGGAAUAAGCUCGCACAGCCUGAUUCUAACUCAGGAGAACAGAACCAUGCUGAGGGACUGUUACCGUGGCAGUCAGAAGACAGGCUGCUGUUACCGCGGCAGUCAGAAGACAGGCUGCUGUUACCGCGGCAGUCAGAAGACAGGCUGCUGUUACCGCGGCAGUCAGAAGACAGGCUGCUGUUACCGCGGCAGUCAGAAGACAGGCUGCUGUUACCGCGGCAGUCAGAAGACAGGCUGCUGUUACCGUGGCAGUCAGAAGACAGGCUUCUGUUACCGCAGCAGUCAGAAGACAGGCUGCUGUUACCGCGGCAGUCAGAAGACAGGCUGCUGUUACCGCGGCAGUCAGAAGACAGGCUGCUGUUACCGUGGCAGUCAGAAGACAGGCUUCUGUUACCGCUGCAGUCAGAAGACAGGCUGCUGUUACCGUGGCAGUCAGAAGACAGGCUUCUGUUACCGCGGCAGUCAGAAGACAGGCUGCUGUUACCGUGGCAGUCAGAAGACAGGCUGCUGUUACCGUGGCAGUCAGAAGACAGGCUGCUGUUACAGCGUCAGUCAGAAGACAGGCUGCUGUUACCGUGGCAGUCAGAAGACAGGCUGCUGUUACCGUGGCAGUCAGAAGACAGGCUGCUGUUACCGUGGCAGUCAGAAGACAGGCUGCUGUUACCGUGGUAGUCAGAAGACAGGCUGCUGUUACCGUGGCA